AUGGACCUUGGGCGGCUCGCACAGUUUCUGGGCGCCUCCGUGUGGCACCGCGUGCCUGUUUCGCGGCGCGCGGCGGUGUUGGUGCUUCUUUUCGUCGGGCGCGCGGGCGAGUGGCGCGUUGUUCUCACACGCCGCCUGGCGCGCCUCCGCUCGUUCCCCGGCCACAUUCUGUUGCCCGGCGGCAAGGCCGACACGGGGCUCGAGCUGGCGUUUAUGGUGGCGCGGCGCGAGGCGUGCGAGGAGAUCGGCUUGGGCCGCGAGGAGGCGUUUGGCGCCCGCGUCGAGCCCGUGGCCGAGCUUCCGUGCUACUUGCUGCGGACUCUUCUGGCGGUGCGCCCGUGCGUGGCGGUGUUGCAUGCGCCCGACGGCGCGGCCGACUUGGGGCUCCGCCUCAAUCCGGGCGAGAGCCUGGCGAUUUUUCUGUGUCCGCUUGCAGACUUUUUUCCAGGUGCGGGCGCGGCCGAGGCGAUUCUGCGCCUGAACCAGCUGGUGAAAUGGGGCGGCGUGCCGUGGCACUUGCGCCUGGUGACGUUUGCGCGCGAAAAUGAGCGCGAGGCGCCGUGGUUGCGCGGCUUGGACGACGCGGACUCGGCGUCGGAGGAGGACGAGGCGGGCGAAAAACACGAGUGGGGUCCGCGCGGCGCCCGCCGCAACUCGGCCAACACGCCCAUCUACGACGUGUGGGGGCUCACGGCGAACAUUCUCCACGACAUUCUGGCGGUGGUGCACGGGCAGGCGCCGGCGCCGUUUGGCCAGGAGGAGUUGAUUUCGGCGCUCUGGCGCCACGGCCACAUGCGCGACGAGCGCCUGGCGCUCGAGAAAAGCUUGAUUGCCGACCUGGGCGCGUCGUUCGGCGCGCUUUUGCCUCGCGCGGAGAUGGUGCGCUUGCGCGGCCUCUACGCCCUGAAUAUAUGA